UAGUAUAAUGCGCAAGAAUGAUGCGCACACGGUUUGUGUACAUUGAAAAACAUGGAAGGGAAGUGUCAGACGCAACAUGAAACGUCAAAUAAUGUUGGAAUAUUAGAACCAUCUGUGUUUUUUUAAGCUCUCUGUUCUUAAGCUUCACCUGCAGUAAGUCAUCAUGUCACACAGAAAGCUCAGAAGUGAUUUUGAUGGAAAAAUCGCUGGAUUAUACGAUCUGGAAGAAACGAUCGGAGAAGGCCAUUUUGCGGUUGUAAAACUUGCUAGACAUGUAUUUACCGGUGAAAAGGUAGCAGUUAAAGUAAUAGAUAAGAACAAACUGGACGAGGUGUCGAAGGCCCACUUAUUCCAGGAAGUUCGAUGCAUGAAACUAGUGCAACAUCCAAAUGUAGUGCGAUUAUAUGAAGUAAUUGAUACCCAAACAAAACUGUACUUAAUUUUGGAACUAGGUGACGGAGGGGAUAUGUACGACUACAUUAUGAAACAUGAAAACGGAAUUGAAGAAAAUAAAGCAAGACAUUAUUUUAGACAGAUUGUAGAAGCAAUUUCAUACUGUCAUCGACUCCAUGUAGUGCAUCGUGAUCUAAAACCAGAAAAUGUAGUUUUCUUUAAAAAAUUAGAAGUGGUAAAAUUAACUGACUUUGGCUUCAGUAAUAUGUUUAAUCCAGGAAAUAAAUUAGAAACAUCAUGUGGAUCAUUAGCAUACUCAGCCCCAGAGAUUCUUCUUGGAGAUUCAUAUGAUGCUCAGGCCGUUGACAUCUGGAGCCUGGGUGUGAUCCUGUUCAUGCUGGUGUGCGGUGAGGCUCCAUUCCAGGAGGCCAGUGAUAGCGAGACCCUCACCAUGAUCAUGGACUGCAAGUACAAGUUCCCACCCCACGUCUCACAGUCAUGCAGAGAGUUGAUAUCGCUGAUGUUGAAGCGCGAGCCUGGUCACCGAGCCAACCUCCACCAGAUAGAGACUCAUGCAUGGCUGCGUAUGGGCUCAGACGAGGUGCCGCACUACCACAUGCCCCUUAUCUCACGGGAACAGGUGUCAGAGGAGGACCAUAUUAGCGUUGUGGAGAAGAUGGUUGAGGGAUGCAUAGCCUCUAAGGAAGAAAUACUGCAAUCGCUAGAGAAAGACAUGUACAACCACAUUACAGCCACGUAUUACUUGCUAGCGGAGAGGCGGCUUCGUAAGCAUCGUCAGGAGAAUGCAGCAGCCAUGAUGCAACUUCGGAAGCACUCAGCGCCACCUGGGAAACCUCAUUUGGAACCCCUGGCACUGUCACCACGAAAACAACGAGAAAUUAAGAAAACCAAGACAGCCCCACUAAGUCAGAGCAUUAUGAGCCAAAUGCUCACAUUACCCGAGAGUCCAAGCAGUGAGUUUCCAGGGGUGGAACAGCGGAUGGAGUACUUCAAAUCCUUGACUGACAGUCAGACUUUGGAGCGACGCCCCAAGAACAAGCCUGUGACCCCUGCGACCCCUCCCGCCUUAUCCCCAGUCUGUCCUCGCCCAGUGCACCCACUGAACAAGCUGAGUCGCAGCGUUCCCGAUAUCCAGGAGCCCACUUUACGAACCAAACCUAAGAAGUCUCGAGGAUUCUCCAAGAUCGCCAUCUUGAGCUCGUAUUUUGAGCAGAAGAUUGCCGAGCUCACUGGCAGCGGUAGCCUGCAGAAGAAGGGAUCGCCGUGGCGACUGUUCGGGCUGAAGAAACGGAGUGUGAAGCCGCGUGGACUUGGUGAUCUAGCCAAUCUAGACACUCCAGCUAACUCUUCCUUUGAUGAGUGCCCUCAAAGCAAGGAUGCUGAAUCAACGGAUGACCGCCGCCAGCAGUUCCCCAAACAGAAGGGCCUGGUGAUGUCUCUGCUGUCCCCGAAGGGUAUACAUCCCACCCCAACCACCAGCAAUGUCCGCGAUUCCAGUCCUGCAAGUCCGACCCCGCGCAAGUGCAGUCUCAUUCAGGAGGAGAGUGUGGACAGUGGCGAGGAAGAGGAUGAGGACGAGGACAAUGAUCUGGAGCUCAGAAACUACACAGAUACCAUACGAGAGGCCAAGUCGGCAGAAAGGCUUGAUAUUGAGGAGAAUCAUAGCCAGAAUGCCUCGCCAGUGAAGGAGAGAGACGAGCAGCUGUCGUUUGUCAAGAGGCCGCUACUGAGUGUGGCCAGUUCCCCUCAGCUGUUGAAUCAGAUCUGCGAAGAAAAUGAGUCCGAAGAGGAAGAUGAUUUUGUCCCGCCUAAGAUGAAUCCCCAGAGUAGGAUGCUGACGAAAAGGAAUAGCGUGGCCUCGCCUGAGGUGAUACGUAAAUACGAGCAAAGACGUAAGCAUCGGGCCAGUGGCUCUAGGGGGACAAGCUGUAGCAGUUCCGAUGCCAGUGAUACAGAUGAUACUGAUGGACGUUCUAGGAAAGAUAAGCUGAAGCAGAAGUUUAUACAUCGAAGAGAUAGCAGUGAUCAUUCGAGUGACACGGACGGUGGUCCCAGCGGAAAUAACGGCGGAGGCGGAAGUGGUUUGGGAAAGGGCUUUAAUGGGGGUACAGGCGGGAACAGCGAUGGGAAUAAUGAUAAGGGAGGCGGAGGGCGUAAAAAGGAUGGGAAAGGCGGAAGUCCGAAAAGUGGACGAAGCCAUCAUAGGGGAAAGCAGAACAACUUGAAUUUCAAAAUCGGGGAAGAAAUUAUAAAACCUAGUAAAAAGCUUGGCUUAAAAAGCCCGAGCGGAUUGAAACACGUGAUAGAGAAAGAUGAAACUGUUUCUGAUAGUGAUGCUGAAGAUAAUGGGGAUGCUGAGAAUGAGCAGGAAAAUAUCGACCUCAAGAAGCUUAGGGAAUCUCUUAUUGAGAAACUUAAUCAGGAAAACAAAACAAGGAACAAGUCUGCAGACAGAGAGUCGCCGAGAAAGAAAUCUUUUGAAGAUUUAGACAAGCUUAUCAUAGCCAAUUGCAGUACAAAGGGUUGCCAACAAGGGAAAGAUUAUAAGAAUGGCAGUAAUCCACUGGUAGUAAAAAUAGAUAUUAAUAGGAACAUGUCUUGUAAGCAGAGUUAUCAAGCAGAGCCUAUUAAAAUAGAAAAGAAAUGUUGCUCUUUAGUAUGAAUAAGUUGUAUCAUAUUAUUAAUAAAUGAUAAUAUAUAUCAAGAACUUUGAACUUGUUUUAGCUUAUUGAGUAUUGAUAAUUGUUAUAGAGGGAAAGAUCUAGGAUCACAAGAGGUACAGGGGGCUGCUCAAAAGGGCUGAGUAGAACUUUGAAACAUGCCAAGGGCAUUAUCUCAGUAUUUUAUAAAUCUAGCAUAUUUCUAAGUCUAAAACAUAUAAAUGAGGGUUUAAAGUAUUCUGUUUUUCAUUUGAUGUUGACUAUUUGCAAAAUUACAUUGAAUUUCAACAAUUUUCAUGUUUUUGGUUUUGACCAACCUGGAGGGGAAGG